AUGGCGAAGCGGAGCAUUGACGAAGCCCAUGCUCAUGAGAUUGCUGCACCAUGGAACAAAGAGAGCAACUUCACGAAGGCAUUGCCUCUGGAUGGCGGCCCGAACGCACGGGCGCGCUUUCAUCGCCCCGACAUCUGGCAUUGCAUACACUUGGGCGUUGGGAAGGCUUUCAUUUCCUCUGCCUUUACUGUUCUCCAGCAGGCGAUUCCGGGCAGCAAUGUGGAUAUCCGCUUUCAGAGCAUUUCUGAAGAAUAUCGGGUUUUCUGCAGGGCUAGGAAGUUGACUCCAUUUCUUACAAAGCUGGACAAGUUCACGUUCAAUGCCUUUGGACCUAUGGAAGAACCUGCAGGAUCUUGGAACAAGGCCUCUGUCACAAGUACGUUGGGGCUAUUCUUGGAGCACUGCUGCGAGGUUUUUGGUGAUGAGCUGCAUGAACUCGGAUUGAGAGAUCAUCGAGCGACAGAAGCGAUCAACUUGGGGGAGCACUUUGUUCGGGCGUACAGGUCUGCACUUGCCAAGCAAAGUGGUGUUUUAACAUUAUCUGUGAAAGCUGCAGCGUCGAUGAAGAUUUCAUUGGACGCUGUGCAUUUGUAUGCAGGCAUGUAA